AUGGGCACGCUCGGGGGAGCCGGGCUGGCGGCGGCGGUGGCGACCGGCCGGGCGCGCACUCUCGGGAUGGAGGGCGAGCGCCGGGCAUCGCAGGCGCCCUCCUCGGGCCUCCCGGCCGGGGGCGCCGACGAGGAGAGCCCGGGGGGCGGCGCCCCCUUUCCGGGCAGCAGCGGCUCUUCCGCCCUGCUGCAGGCGGAGGUGCUGGAUCUGGACGAGGACGAGGACGACCUGGAGGUGUUCAGCAAGGAUGCCUCAUUGAUGGACAUGAACUCCUUCAGCCCUAUGAUGCCAACAUCCCCUUUAUCAAUGAUAAACCAAAUCAAGUUUGAGGAUGAACCAGAUUUAAAGGAUCUCUUCAUCACAGUUGAUGAACCUGAAAGUCAUGUUACUACAAUAGAAACUUUCAUUACAUAUAGGAUUAUUACUAAGACAUCUCGUGGGGAAUUUGACUCCAGUGAAUUUGAAGUUAGGAGACGAUAUCAAGAUUUCCUUUGGUUGAAGGGAAAACUGGAAGAAGCACACCCCACUCUGAUUAUUCCACCAUUGCCAGAAAAGUUUAUAGUAAAAGGAAUGGUGGAACGCUUUAACGAUGACUUCAUUGAGACACGCAGGAAGGCUUUACAUAAAUUUUUGAACCGAAUUGCUGAUCAUCCAACUUUAACAUUUAAUGAAGACUUCAAAAUUUUUCUCACUGCACAAGCUUGGGAACUCUCUUCUCACAAGAAGCAAGGUCCUGGCUUGCUAAGCAGGAUGGGGCAAACCGUCAGAGCUGUUGCGUCCUCAAUGAGAGGAGUUAAAAACCGCCCAGAGGAGUUCAUGGAAAUGAAUAACUUUAUUGAACUAUUUAGCCAGAAAAUAAAUUUGAUAGAUAAAAUAUCUCAGAGAAUUUAUAAGGAAGAAAGGGAAUAUUUUGAUGAAAUGAAAGAAUAUGGCCCAAUUCAUAUUCUGUGGUCAGCGUCAGAAGAGGAUCUGGUUGAUACUCUAAAGGAUGUUGCCAGCUGCGUUGACAGAUGCUGUAAGGCCACUGAAAAGCGGAUGUCUGGACUCUCAGAGGCCCUGCUUCCUGUUGUACAUGAGUACGUGCUUUAUAGUGAAAUGUUAAUGGGUGUUAUGAAAAGAAGAGACCAAAUACAAGCAGAACUGGAUUCCAAAGUUGAAGCUUUGACCUAUAAAAAGGCAGAUACUGAUCUGGCAUACCUUGGAUAUACUGUGUUCAGUUUCAGACUGCCACAAUAAAGCAAGUCACAAGAAAUUUUUGGCUUCCCAGUGGAUAUAAAAGUUAUGUUUGCACUAUACUGUAGUCUAUUAAAUAUGCAAUAGCAUUAUGUGUAAAAAAUGUACAUAAUUUAGUUAAAAAAGAUGUCAUUGUUAAAAAUGCUAAUGAUCAUAUGAGCCUUCAGAGAGCUGUAAUCUUUUUGCUGGUAGAGUGUCUUUCCUUUAUGUUGAUGGCUGCUGACUGAUCACGUGGUGGUUGGUGAAGAUUGGGGUAGCUAUGGCAAUUUCUUAAAAUAUGAGAACAAGGAAGUUUGCUGCAGAGAUUGAUUUUCCUUUCACCAGUGAAUUCCCCGUAGCAUGCAGUGUCGUUUGAUAGCAUUUUACCCACAGAACUGCUUUUGAAAUUGGAGCCAAUCCUUUCAAAACUUGCCACUGCUGUAUCAACUAAGUUUUCAUAAUAUUCUGAGUUCUUUGUUGUCAUUUUAAGAAUACUCACAGCAUCUUCACCAGGAGUAGAUCCCGCCUCAAGAAAUCACUUUCUUUGCUCAUCCAUAAGAAGCAACUUCUCAUCUGUUCAAAUUCUAUCAUGAGAUUAUAGCAAUUCAGUUAUCUCUUCAGGCUCUACUUCUAAUUAUAAUUCUCUACUAUUUCUGCCACACCUGCAGUUACUUCCUCCACUGAAGUCUUGAACCCUUUGCUCAAAGUCAUCUAUAAGAGUUAGAAUCAACUUCUUCCAAAUUCCUAUAAAUGUUAAUAUUUUGGUCUGUUCCCAUGAAUCCCAUAUAUUUUUCAUGGAAUCUAGAAUGGUGUAUUCUUUCCAGAAGAUUUUCAGUUUACUCAGUUCCGUCAAGGGAAUCACAAUCUAUGGCAGCUACAGCCUUACAAAAUGUAUUUCUUAAAUAAUAAGACUCAAAAGUCUAAAUGACUCAUUGACUCAUGGACUAUGGAAGUUACAUUAGCUGGCAUGAAGGCAGUAUUAAUUCCCUUGUACAUUUCCGUCAGAGUUUUUCAGUGACCAAGUACAUUGUCAAUAAACAGUAAUAUUUUGAAAGGAAUCUUUUUUCCUGAGCAGUAGAUCUCAAGAGUGGGCUUAAAAUAUUCAGUAAACCAUACUAUAAACAGAUAACUCUGUCAUCCAGGCUUUGUUAUUUCAGGUAUAGAGCACAGGCAGAGUAGAUUUAGAGUAAUUCUUUAGGGCACUAGGAUUAUCAGAAUGGUAAAUGGACAUUGGCUUCAACUUAAAAUCACCAACUACAUUAGCUCCUAACAAGAGAGUCAGGCUGUCCUUUGAAGCUAGGCAUUGACUUUUCCUCUCUAGCUAUGAAAGUCUUAGAUAGCAUCUUCCUCCAAUAUAAAACUUUUGUCAGCUGGGCACAGUGGCUCACACCUGUAAUCCCAGCACUUUGGGAGGCUGAGGCGGGCACAUCACCUGAGGUUGGGAGUUCGAAAUGGAGAACCCUGUCUCUACUAAAAAUACAAAAUUAGCCAGACAUAGUGGCACAUGCCUGUAAUGCCAGCUACCCGGGAGGCUAAGGCAGGAGAAUUGCUUAACCUAGGAGGCAGAGGUUGUAGUGAGCCGAGAUCGUGCCAUUGCACUCCAGCCUGGGCAACAAGAGAGAAACUCUGUCUCAGGAAAAAAAAAAAAAAAACUUGUCUAUGUUGAAAAUCUGUUGUUUGUAGUGUAGCCAUCCUUAUCAAUGAUCAUAGUUAGAUCUUCUGGAUAACUUGUUAUAACUUGUACAUCAGCAUUUGUUGCUUCAUCUGGCAUUUUUAUCUCACGAAGACAGCUUCUUUCCUUAAACCUAGUGAACCAAUCUCUGCUAGCUUCAAACAUUUCCUCUCCAGCUUCCUCACUUCUCCCAGCCUUCAUAAAAUUGAAGAGUUAGGGCAUUGCUUUGGAUUAGGCGUUGGCUUAAGGGAAUGUUAUGGCUGGUUUGAGCUUCUAUUCAGACCACUAAAACUUUCUCCAUAUCA